CUUGCCUCUAGCGCAGGCGCAAAGAGUGCUUCAAUAUGGCCGCCUCCGUGGAUCUGGAGUUGAAGAAGGCCUUCACAGAGCUUCAAGCCAAAGUUAUUGAUACUCAACAGAAGGUGAAGCUUGCAGACAUACAGAUUGAACAGUUAAACAGAACAAAAAAGCAUGCACACCUUACGGACACGGAGAUUAUGACGCUGGUGGAUGAGACUAACAUGUAUGAAGGUGUAGGAAGAAUGUUUAUUCUACAGUCCAAGGAAGUGAUUCACAACCAGCUGUUAGACAAACAGAAAAUAGCAGAAGAAAAAAUUAAAGAGCUGGAGCAGAAAAAGUCUUACCUGGAGCGGAGUGUUAAGGAAGCUGAGGACAACAUCCGAGAGAUGCUGAUGGCUCGGAGGGCACAGUAGGAGCUGCUGGGAAACUUCCUCCCAUCUGAUCCCUCCCAUCCUGUCAAAGCAGGAUAUGUGCAGGGUGCUGCCCCCCUCUGCUCAGCGGCCUCAUCUCUCCAUCACCCUGAGCCCCUGAGCUCUCAACAGAGGGAAGACUGGAGGGCAAGAGAAAGCUGUCCAAGCCUGUCACUAGGCAUGUGGGUUAGACCAGGUUAGACCAAUAAAAAGCUAUGUCUUACUCUAUGA